AUGUCAAAUUCAAUGCAUGUCAAUAUAGCUAAUAAUCGUUGGGCACUUAAAGUUCUCUAUAAUCCUAUAUCAUCUAAUCAAUCAACAUAUAUAAUUCAAACAAUUCCAAGUUCUCGAACUACACGACCACAAACAAUAAUUGAAAUAAAUUCUUCAAUACAAACAAAUUCAUUAAUUGUUGUCCGACAACAUUUAUUAAAUGAUACCAUAGCUACAAUUAUUCAAUCUACUAUAUCAUCAUCAUUAGAUAAUAAUCAAAUUCUUACAGCUGAUAUUAUAGCACAAACAAUUCAAUAUAAUCAAAUUCAUAAUCCAUCACAAUGUUCUAUUUGUUUAGGAGAUUUUAAUAUAACUGAUAUACUUUUACAAUUAACAUGUAAACAUAUUUAUCAUCGUGAAUGUCUUCUUCAUUGGUUACAAACACAUUAUCGUUGUCCAUAUUGUCGAUUUCUUGUUUAUCAACAACCUGUAACACCACAUAUUUUUCUUAUACGACAAACAAUAACAUAA